AGAGAGAGAGUCUCACACACAGUCACACAACUUUCUUUGACUUGCAAAAAAGAAACAGCGUCGUUUUGAGAAACGAGCUGCAAAAUGGAAGCCAACGCAAGCAGCUCCGGCGAGAAGAGCUCUCCGACUCCAUUGAUGAGGAGCCCGUUUCUGAAAAGUGGGAGUGGGGCGGUGUACGAGGUGAGUGAGACGAAGAAGGCGUGCGUGAUGAGAGUCGACAUGCCUGGGUGUCCCGAGUCAGAUCUCACCUACUGGGUCGACCCCGUGGCCAACAACGUCCACUUCUUUGCCGACGAACCAGCCAUGCCGGAGUACGAAAACACCGGACGCAAAUACGGAGGAUCCAUGGUGUUCAACCCAAAGGCGUUCGACGUCAAGAAAGCUAAGGUGAAGCUUAUCAACGGAGUGCUCUGGGUCACCGUCCCUAAGAUCCCCGGCAAAAACGCCUCCAUUGAAGUCAUUGAGAAGAUGAUCCAUUACCCGAUUGAGAAACAUCAUCGCACCUGAUCUCUUCGUUUUCUAUCUAUUGCUAGCUAGCGUAUGGCUUUUGAUCAUGCACCUGGUUUUAUAUAUUUAUGUUUUAUCCAUCUUUUAUGGUUUAAGACUUUUUUAAGUAGGCUAUAUAUCGAUCUUGCUUCUUCUAUAUGCAUUUCAGUGUUGUCAGCUU